AUGGAGAAUACAAGAUAUACAGAUGAAUCUAAAUCAUCGGAUGCAAGAAUUGACCAAUUGGAAAGGAUGGUUGUGUUACUGACUGAAUCUUUGAGACAACAACAGAGACAACCAUUUCCAUCUCCUCCUCCUCCACCAAUCCUAGUUGAACCACACAAUAAUGAUGACACUAUUGCCCUGGCACAAAAAUUUAAUAAAAUGAAGCCGCCAACCUUCCAGGGAGGUCUUGAUUCAAUGAAAGCUGAGGCAUGGGCCUUGGAUAUAGAAAAGUUGUUUGAGGUUUUCCCAUGUACAGAGGUGCAUAAGGUUUUACUAGCCACCUUUACUCUGCAAGAGGAAGCAAGACAGUGGUGGAUGCUUGUUCGAGACAAUAAUGGCUCCAUGACAUGGGUUCAAUUUAAAGAAGUCUUUUAUGAAAAAUACUUUCCACAAUGUGUCCGAGUUCGCAAGGUGUCUAAGUUUGAGCAGUUGAAACAAGGUAAUUUGUCUGUGGCUGAAUAUGAGUCUAAAUUUACAGAGCUUGCUUGGUAUGCGCCACACAUGGUCAAUUCUAACUACAAGAAAGCUAGAAAAUUCGAGAGUGGACUGAAAGUUGAGGUGCUGGACUGGGUGAAUGUUCUUAAACUGACAAAGUAUGUUGAUGUUCUGGAUAAAGCUCUUAUGGCUAAAGCAAAUAUCACAGCAUUAAAACAGGCCAAGACACCGAGUAGGAGGGGAAAAGUUAAGGGUUUAACUUUAAGAAGGGCUAGAACAACUCGAAUAACUAACAGAAUAAGAAACAUAAUACAAGGUCGUUGA